GCUUAACGGUUUGGCGAGGUGCGUAACGAUUGACAACGAACGCGAGCACUAUACUGGUGAGCAAAAACGGCUCGGACGGGCACGGAAUCACAGAACGGAUAUUGACGGCGACGGCGCACCGGUUCGCACAUAUACCGGACACACAGACGACAAAACGAGCGAUAUAUUUUGUCAAGACGGCUGAGGACCGGCGACUUUUCGACUUGCGACAAAAAGAUACUAGUAGACAGGAGGAAUAAUAUAUUGGAAUUAUGCAAUCAGUUUGAACCAGAAAAAAAAAAUUUCACUAACAAAGUGAGGGCAGUACUAAAUGAGCUACCAUUUGAAGUGAAGUGCAUAGACUCUAAAAUUGUAAUUGAAAUUUGCAAGAGGUUAGGACUAGUAUGAAAUGACGAUAAAUGGAAAGUACUAGCAUUGAAAAAUCAUAAUAAAGUAACUUUAACAUUGCGUUAUAUUUUUAAACUGGACAGUAAAAAGGUAAAAACACCAAUUGAAAAGGUAAUGUUAUAUGAAAAUAUUGGACAGGUGUCUGUUGGUGAUGAUUUUUUGUCAAGUUCUAGGUUAAUGGAGACGAGUAUAACAAUAAAUGAGAUACCUGAACAUGGAUCUUUAUUGUUGAAACCAAAUCUCGAGGAGUCGAAUGUUGAUGAAUUUAUCACUCCUACAAAACGAAAUGAAGCUAUUGGCAUUGUGGAAUGUGUUAAUGAUCAACUAUUAACACAUGAUAGCAACAAUGAUAUUAAGGGAAAAAUAUCACAGGUGGAAAAUUUAAUUACAGAUGAAAAUACUCCUAAGAAAAAGGUUAUGUAUGGUUCCAAUGCCGAACAGUUAUCUGUUGUUGAUGAAACUUUAUACAAUUUUAGGUUGAUACAGAGAAGUGAGGACAUUUUAGAAGUUGCAUCUAUCUAUUCGUCCAGUAUAGAGAAUAUGUUGGACACUUUUAAUGAUACUGUAUUGUUGGAACAAAGUCCUAAAGAGUCAAAUUUUGUGUUUGUGACUCCUACUCAAAGAAAUGUUACACAAACUCCUAGAAGAAAAUUAUUUCAUGAUAAUAUAACUGGAAGUUCACUGUUUGAAUGUAAUAGUUCAAUUGAUUUACUCAGAAAUACUGGUAAAACGAGAGACAAAUUUAUUAGUCCAAUAAAGAGUCCGUUAAAACGUUUAAAUGAUAGACAUUUUAAUAAAAGCCCUGGGAAGCUUUUACCACCAGGUUCUAAGAAUGUAUCUCCUCUAAACAUUAAAGGAGAAUAUUACGAAUGUAAUUUCAAAGAAGGAGAGUUUAUAAUUCCAAAAGAUGAAUGGAAUCAUAUAUUUGAAGAUGGAAAACUAAAUACAAAAAGGUAUCCUGGUGUUCACAGGAAACAUCUUCAAGAAGUGAAUAACACUUGUAUAUUGUAUAUUAAAAAGCUAGAAUACAUUAAGACUGAAAAAUCAAUGAAGCUGAAUAUGUAUUGUAAACAUGGUGGCUGUAAGAAGUUCAAACUAUACAUUUUGCCAACUGAUGAAGAAGCAAUUGUUGAAGUUUACAGUACAAGUAAAAACUUUAAUCAUAAACCAGAUGCUCGAUACACUACUCAAAUUAGGGGAGCUGAGCGAAAAAUUAUUGCAGAAAAAAUUAAAGAGAAAAGUGCUUUUAAGUAUAGACAGGAAUGUGUAUUAUCAGUUUCACCUAUUAAAUUAAUAGAAUGUGGAAAUUUGCAAACAAUUAAAUCUCCUUCGAUGUUAAGAAAACUGAAUAGUGAGCAACAGUUAAAAGGGGAUUUCAACCGAAAUGAUCACUUUGAUGUAGUUUUAAUGGCUAAAGAACAUUCCUGGUUGAAUAUGAAAGUUCCCGAAAGUAUGAAAGAGCCAUUCAAUGUAACAUGGGCAACCCAACAGCAGUUGGCAAUAGUUCAAAAUUUAUUUAAACAAGGUGUGUUAAAAACGAUUCAUGUGCAUUCAACAGGAUCAAUUGUUAGGCCCCCACAGAACUCAACAAAACUAACUAUUAAUUAUUAUGCUUGUGUAGUGCGUAUAAGUAAAAUUGAAACCGUAUGCCCAAUAACUGAUAUGGUCAGUGCAACGCAUGAUAGAGAAACUGUAACAGAAUGGUUGAAAUGUUUCAAAGAUCUAAUAAUUGUAAAAGAUCCAAGUAUCUGGCCGCCUUUCAAAAAUGUUGUAACUGAUUUCAGUUGGGCUUUUAUGCAUGGAAUGGUAAAGAAACAAUAUUUGAAUACCUGGAUAUGUGUCAUCGAAUAUUAACUGGAAAAGAAACAUUGUCAUAUAGCACAGUAGUUAUUACUUCUUGUACAAACCAUUAUGUUAAAAAUAUUCUGACCCAUGUUAAACGGUAUUAUCCAGAUGAUGAAAAAACAGCGUUUUAUAUCGCCAGAUGUGUUGGGUUAGUGUUUGAAAUGAACAAUUAUGAAGAAAUCAAACAUUGGUUUAAGUUGCUGUCGACUAUGAUCUUGUCAGACAAGUCAACGGAAAUGUGUAAAGCAGCAAGUAUGGAAAUGAAAUCAUACCUACAAACAAACAAUGGAUUAGUUGAGUAUGAAAUUUAAAAGUUUGAUGACGAUCAAAAUUACUCUUGUGGUAAAACCACUGAUACCUCGUAUUAUGCCGAACGAAAGAAAUCUGGAUUUUAUCAUGAUUUUAAACAAAUAUUUGACACUGUGAAAAAAAUAGUAAAUAUUCCCUCACAAGAUCAUAAUCACCUAGAUGUUAAUAGUAUGUAUUCAGAAGAGUACUUGUUACAUUUCCUUAUUGAAAAUGUGCCAUACAUACAUCUUAUUCAUCUGGAAGAACGCCAGAGUAAUGCAUCAGUAGAAAGUUGGUUUAAUUUAGUGAAAAAUCAUAUUUUAGCAGGCAAAAGAAGAAUGAAAUGUGGUAGGUUUAUUGAAAAUAUAACCCAAUAUGAAGCUCAGACAAUGCUUUAGACAGGUUGAAUUACAAAUACCUAAACGUAUAAUACCUAAACCUAAUACCUAAACGUGCCAUAAAAAAAAAGCUGAUUGUGACGAGGACAACCUGCAUUUAAAUACUCCAGAAACUUGGAGGAAGAAAGGAAAACGUCCAGCAUUCUUGAGAAACAAUAAUACAAUUUUAGGCAUAAGUUAUGGUGAAAACCAACAAAGUUGUUUGUCAUUAAAUAUACAGAGCCAAGAUACAACACUACAACAGGGUGUUGUAUUACAUUCAAAAGGAGAUGAGUUUAAUAAUGAUCAUCUCACUGUUUGCAGUCAAACAGAUCAACCAAUUGUGCGCAGUUUGGAUAUAGGUGAGCAAUUAUUUGAUAACCUCAGUGACGUCAGUGAUCACGGUUGUCUAUUAACAAGAGCAAAAAGUACAAGUCCACGAGUCAUUGAGAAUAUAAAUAAAACUGUUGUUAAUGCUUCACCUGUGGCUUCGACUGCCAAAUUCUAUCAGACACUUGUGGGCACGCAGUUGUAUGGGAAUCGUCCACUGAUAAGUCUCCAACAGGAAAUUACUUAUUUAUAUUUUUUAUAUUUAUUUAUGUAGGAUUCAUUUGCUUCUUCGAAUAUACAAGCUAAUGCAUGGAAUACCAUUUCUGAAGCGUAUAACUAACUGCAAACUAGUGGGGUAAAAACUAUAGAUGAAUUAAAAACGAUGAAUCUACUUUUAUACAAAUCGGCCAAAUCUGAAUUAAAUAAU